AUGGGGCGCCUGUUCUGCUACAAAAGCCCGUUGGCUCUGCUACAAAAAAACCGACGGCUCUGCUACGAAAGGUUGUCGGAGCUGCUACAAUCGGCCGCCGGCGCCGUCGGCUCUGCUACAAUUGCCUGCCGCGUCUGCUACAGAAGACGGCCACAGCUGCUACAAGUGGCCGCCGGCGCCGUCAGGCUCUGCUACAAUUACCCGUCGCGUCUGCUACAAAAGGCGGCCGGAGCUGCUAUAAUUGGCCGCCAGCGCUCACUGCUGCGAGCCGCCGCUGCUGCUGCAAGUAGUCCACCGCCAGCGCUCACUGCUCCCACCCGCCGCGGCCGUUGCUACGAGCCGCCGCCGCCGUUGCUCCCACCCUCCGCGGCCGUUCCUUCCAUCCACCGUUGCUGCGACCAUCCGUGGCCAUUGCUCCGACCCGCCGCGGCUGUUGCUACGAGCUGCUGCCGCCGUUGCUGCGACCCCCCGCCGCCGUUGCUACGAUGGGCGUCUUCUCCAGCGACGGCCAUCGCUGUCGGGGGAGAGGUGCUGAUGCGAAGCUUUUUGGGGAUGGGUUUGUGGGCUUGUGCUGCGAAGCUUCCGCUGCUGCUGCAAGCUGGAGACGGACCUUCCUUGCCGGCGGUGUGA